AUGAACCCAAUUUUUCACAAACACAACAAAACGGCUUACGACGGGCAAAAGUUACGCGGUGUCAUUCACGCGACGUUUCUUCGCGGGCGUGAAAUCUACGCGAAAGACGUCAAAGGCGUGCGAUGGCCGGCUUGGGGCCAAGUUCACUUGAAGAAGUAA